CAAGGGGGUUAUCCUGGGUAAUUUACACAUACGUUACUAUGUAUGAUAAUUUGUGUAACUAUUUAUGUGUUCGUGUACAGGAAUAAACUUACUAAGUCAUAAGUACAAUAGUUAGGAUCUUUAUUCUGAAAUGUUUUGCCUACACAGUGGGUUUCUUCAGUCGAAUACAGAGGCAGCAGAAGUACAGAUGUAAAUAUGUUAUCAGUCCAUCACUCUGGAAGACAAGAUAGGAUAAGAUAAGAUUUUGUUGGGAUUUUUAAUACCGGAGGGUUAGCCACCCAGGAUAACCCAAGAAAGUUAGUGUGUCAUCAAGGACUGUCUAUCUUAUUUCCAUUGGGGGUCCUUCGAGCUUGUCCCCAGGAUGCGACCCACACCAGUCAACCAACAUCCAGAUACCUACUUGCCUGCCAGUAAACAGGACAACAGGUGCAAGGAAACGCACCCAAUGUUUCCACCCGGCUGGGGAUCAAACCACAGACACUCAAUGUGUGAGGCGAGUUGCCAACCAGGCCACGGGACACUAGACAUAGUUUUAAGGUUGCACUAGGGGGACACGAAUACCAUGUUCAGUUUUCAAGAGAUAAUGGAUGAAGAAGAUGAACAUCACUCACUCUAUCCUGGAAAAGAUUCAAGAGUUUUCAAAUUCGUGGCCACAGCUGUCUCAGAAAAUGUUUUGAGAUGUACAUUAAAUGGACUUAUUCAUGUGAUUUCUGCAAUGGAGGUGUAUAAACACAAAUCACUCGAGGAACUUCGACAUGAAUACUACCAAUUCAUGUCCAAUUACAAGAAGGCAGAAGAGCAUGUAAGUGAACUAGAAAAAUCACUGGAAGAAUUCCGACAUGAAUUCUACCAGGCAACAUUGAGUGGCAAGAAGAAAGAAACUGACAACGGACCAACAAAAUUUCUGGAAGAGUUACACUGUGAGUGCUGCAGUAAACAUCCUGUCUCUGAUAUGUCGGUGAAAGUGUCACAGACAGAUAAUGCAGGAUCACUUCCAAGCUCUCAUACCACCUCUGGUACCUGUAGUUCAACUGGCAAGAAUGAGUCCAGUCUUAGUGCCAGCCCUGCAGGUGAUUUUACAUCAAUUUUUAAAUUUCCUACAAAUGGCAUAUCAGAGGUGCCUGGAUCAACUCCCUCCAUCUCUUCUAGUCAUGCACCUCCAGUCGUUAGUACAGUGACUUCUGAGAAUACUUUCACAACCAUCAGUUCAUCCUUCAGCCCUGACAUAUCAGGAAUUUUUAAUAAUUUCUUUAGUUCCAAGUGUACACUUAAAGAUAGUGGUACAAGUACUACUAGUAGUACAUUUCCUGCCUCUGUUGUAGCUUCUGCUACUACUGGUGGUGAUAUAUUACCUGUCUCUUCUGUGACUUCCACUACUUGUGCAUCACUGGACUUCAGUUCGGCUGCUGCAAAUGAUAAACAAAAGGCUUUUUCUUUUACUGGAAUUAAAAAUGGACCAAGGUUAACAUUGAGUACUAAAAAAAAAAUAUCACAAGGCAUAACUCCAACAUCCAGAUCAUGCAGUCUGAGUGGCAAAGAAAUAACACAUUCAAAAGUUGAGUCAGACCUUGAACUUCCUACUGCAUUUGGCCGAACAGUGAAGGCAACACAAACUUGGUUUGAAGAACCUGCCAUAGAGACACAAAUUUCAUGUCCAAUAUGCUCAGAAAUAUAUAUAGCCACAAGUCGGAGUCCAGUUGCACUCCCACAAUGUGGACAUGCUUUCUGCCGCUCCUGUCUUCAAGGUUUAGAAGAGACAGGUAGCGUGGUCUGUCCCACUUGUGAGAAAACACAUUCGGGUGCCAGUGUAUCAGAUCUUCCCGUUCUGCAUCCCAUUCUCAGCUUAUCAGAAGCUUACAGGAAAGCUAAGGAUGCUGGCUGUGUACUGGAGAGAUGUGAGACCCAUGGAGAUCAGCUGUGUAUAUGGUGCAGGGAAUGUUCUAAAGCUUUGUGUGGACUCUGUCUUAUUGAAACAAAUUACCAUAAAGAUCACAACCUUGAAAGGAUCAUUGAUCCCGGAGACAUUGAGAAAAAGAUUCAGAAACAUGCCAGGAUUGUUGUUGAGUUUUCCAAGGAGCAACAGAAUAAAGUGCUGACUGAACUGCAAGUCAGCAUCAGAAGGGUUGUUGAGCUGUGUUCUCUGAGCAGUGCUAUAGAGGAUCAAGUGACGACAGUUUCAGAAGUCUUGGAAAAUAGGGGAAAGAAGUUGGGAAUUAAGCCUUCAAUGGAAGCUCUGAUUAAACUGGAUGACAUUCUGCAAUCUUUGCACCAAGCAACUGAGUCCCUGAAUCAAGAGAGUGACCCGGGGUCACAGGCUGACCAAUCAGAUUCCCUGAAGGAAGGAAACACCAGCUGUAACGACUUGAGCAGAACUCCAAAAAUCAGUGCUAACGAUAGUGGAGAGUCUGACAGUGGCGUUAGUAGUCGGGUUCUGGUGCCCAGAUGCUGCGGCAAGACUGACGAUGGGCGACAGAUGGAUCUUCAGAUAAAAGACAACCAACUUCACUUGUGUGCUUUGAGCAAUGCAACACAAGAUGCUCCCAUUACUGUACAGGUGCCAUUUCUGGAACUGUUUAUCUCUCAAGAUAAACCAGAAGUUUUCUUCGAACUGAGUGUCAAUGGUCACUUUCUGGGUCGAGUCUACAUUCAACUGUGGGGUCACUUACGCCGUGCCAGGCACUUUCUCUCACUCUGUCUUGGCACUCUUGGACCCUCUUAUAAGGGCUCCAAGUUUGAUGAUGUCUUGAAUAAGGACCAGUCAGGAGAAGUCCUAGUCUGCACAAAUUAUAUUGAUGAGAAUGGUUCGUGCUCAAAAGGGCUUAUGGACAAUUUAGAGUGGGACGGGGAAUACAGACAGCUCCAAAAAUCUGGCCAGCUCAUUGCAACAGGUGGUGGAAAAGAUAAAAAAAAUGGUAGUUUUGGAAUAUGUACAAAAAGCAAUUUCUUUAAAACUUUUUCCUGUCCUUUUGGGACAGUGGUGUCUGGGAUGGAUAUCAUCCAAGAGGUUGUUCAUAAUUACCUUGCAAAUGACAUUAUCAUCUCCGAGGUUGGUGCAGUUGCUUUGGAUAAGUUUGAUUAAAUAGUUCAGUUCACACAGGUGCAGUUUUCCCAGCCUUUGGGUAAAUUUGAUGGACAUUCCACAAGUUAGAAAAAAUUAAUAUGAUGUUAGCUAAGGAUAACUACAAAAUAAUUCUGAAUUUUUUUCAGGUGCGGUACACAUAUUUAUCAAAAGUGAAAUUAUUUUUAGUACCAUUGUGCUAUUACAGUUUCUCCUGGGUACUGAUGUACAUGUUCUUUUAUAUUUUGUUUAGCUGCAGAGGUUAUAACCACAGAGACAUAUAUAUCUCUCAGUGUAUAUAUUAUGAGUGUUGACUUUAAUUCCUAAUUUAGGGAUUAAGGUAUCCUUGACUGGUGGGCAGCAUUAAUGGCCCUCAUGUAAUGAAUAUGCUUUUUAUCUAAUACAUCAGUCAAGCAGUCUCCAUAUAGCUGAGAUUAGAGCAGUUUAUUUUUAAAAGGAGUUUGGAGGGAUAUGUAUCUUUUUACGUAUAUGCUUCUAAGCUGUUGUAUUCUGAGCACCUCUGCAAAAGCAGUGAUUAAGUGUGAGUGUGGUGAAAGUGUUGAAUGAUGAUGAAAGUAUUUUCUUUUUGGGGAUUUUCUUUCUUUUUGGGUCACCCUGCCUCGGUGGGAGACGGCCGACUUGUUAAAAAAAAAAAGAAUAAAAUAAGAAAUAAAGGAAAAUGAGUGUUAAUUCUUGCUGCUGGAAAAUAUAUGUAAAGAUGUGUAAAGUCAAUUUCAGUCUACAAGUUAUAUGGACUUAAUAUAUCUCAUUUAUAUACAUAUUCUUUUAACACACUGGCUGUCUCCCACUGAGGAAUAGGUUAACCCAUAAAGGAAACAAUUUUCACCAUCAUUCAUACUAUCACUGUCUUGUCAGAGACAUGCAGAUACAACAGUUUAGAUAACCCUCCAAACAGCAUAUAUCCUGACCUCUCCUUCAGAGUGUAAGCACUGUACUUGCCACCUCCAGGAUUCAAGUCCUGCUAACCAUAUUUCAUUUUAAUUGUUUAGCGCAGUCAAUCACAGAACCCACAGCUAGUGAGUUGUAAAACUCACCGGCCAGUACGUUAACCACUCGUUUCUUUUCUUUUUUAACAUGGCCAUACAUUACAUAUGAACCCCUCCUGUAUAAAUUACUAAAUUUAAAAAGAGAAACUUUUGUUUUUUCUUUUUGGGCCUCCCUCCCUUGGUGGGAUACGACUGGUGUAUUGAAAGAAGAAAGACAUUACAUAUUGAAUAUAAAGUAUCAGAAACUAAGAAUACUUUCUGAUAACUGCCACAAUGUUCCCAAGUCUAUACUACCACUGCACUUUUCUCUCAUUUACCCAUAUUUCACACGUAAGGUUUGUGCCUGGGGAUCCACUUCAGAAGUCCACCUCAAACCAAUCAUCACUCAACACAGGGAAACUAUCAGGACCAUCACAGACUCUAAUUAAAGCAACACACUCUGCUCUGUAAUACUGAUGCUGACCCAACACUUACUGGUUAAUUAUGUUUCUUUUCAUUGUAGAAAACUUAUGUGAGUUUCCUUAAGAUUAGUCUAUUGGUUUCUGUGAUAUAAAGGGGGAACAAAAUCCCCUGAAAAAUAAAACUUUUUAAACACUCUGAA